CUGAUGAUCAUGUUGUUUUCCUUUAGAAAUUUUUUAAUCUUUCCUUUGUGGAGUGGAGGGUUUUUGAUUGUUAGUGAAAGGGUAAAGUGAAUUUUAGAGGCUUGAUGAUGCUGUUUAGUCGUAUGAUCGUUUUUUUACAUGAAAGUUCUCUCUAAAAACGAUGGCGUUUGCAAUUUAAGUGGUGCGAUCAGAGGUGAAGUAACGUGCAUGUGUUCUUUCUUGGUUAUUGAAUGGGUUAAAAUGGUGUUCUGCUGAAGUUUUUAUGAUAUAAAUUGAUUACGGGACAUCUUCUCAAUGGGGGGCGCUUGUUCUAGGAAGAGAGAUCAGCUAGCUAAUGAAGAUAGGUUGGCUAGAGGAGUAUCUGGAAAAUAUUGCAAGAGUGGAAGUUCCAAAUGGUUGACAACAUCAUUUUCUCGGCCUUUUAUCGACAUGGAUCCUCGAAGAGGGAAAUGCCCUUCUCUUCUGGACUUAAGCGUCCGUCGAGUUUGCAAUGAUAUAGAUCAAUUUGAUAGCUUUGGUAUGCUCCCAAGGGAUAUUACUCAGCUAAUCCUCAAUGAAUUGGUGUAUUCUCAGCGUAUAACCGAUAUUUCGAUCCAAGCUUUUCGAGAUUGUGCUCUCCAGGAUUUUCACCUUGGAGAAUGUCCAGGGGUGAACGAUGAUUGGAUCGAUGUCAUCUCCUCACAAGGAUCUUCUGUACUUUCUGUGGAUCUUUCUGGCUCGGAUGUAACCGAUGGUGGAUUGAUGCACCUCAGGAAUUGCUCGAAUAUCCAAACUUUAAAUUUAAACUUCUGUGAACAUAUAUCGGACCGUGGACUGGCACAUAUUGGAGGGUUCUCAAGGUUGACAAGUUUGAGUUUUAGGAAAAACAAUGAAAUUACUGCUCAAGGGAUGAGCGUCUUUGCUCAUCUUGUAAACUUGAUCAGACUGGAUUUAGAGAAAUGUCCUGGAAUACAUGGGGGACUUAUUCAUCUCCAAGGAUUAACAAAGUUGGAGUCUCUCAAUAUCAAAUGGUGUAAUUGCAUCACAGAUUCUGAUAUGAAGCCUCUCUCCGGGCUAACAAGCUUGAAAGGAUUGCAAAUUUCAUGCAGUAAGGUCACAGAUGCUGGUAUUGCCUACUUGAAAGGACUGCACAAACUUUCGCUAUUGAACUUAGAGGGUUGUCCAGUUACAGCUGCUUGUUUGAACACUCUCUCGGCUCUUGGUGACCUUCAAUAUUUGAACCUUAGCAGAUGUCAUAUAACUGAUGAUGGAAGUGAGGGAUUUUCUAGGCUCGGGGCUUUGAAAAUAUUGAACUUGGGGUUCAAUGACAUAACAGAUGAUUGUUUGGGUCACUUGAAAGGUCUAACAAAUUUGGAGAGCUUGAACUUGGAUUCAUGCAGGAUUGAGGAUGAUGGCCUGGUUAACUUGAAAGCUCUCCACCGUUUGAAAUGUUUGGAGUUAUCUGACACUGAUGUUGGAAGCAAUGGUCUUCGCCAUUUGUCUGGUUUGCUUAAUCUGGAGAAAUUAAAUCUUUCGUUCACCUUAGUUACUGACGUUGGCUUAAAACGGCUUUCUGGACUCUCAUCACUUAAAUCACUUAAUUUGGAUACUCGCCAAAUUACGGACAUUGGACUCGCUUCCCUAACUGGUUUAGUAGGAUUGACUCAUCUGGAUCUUUUCGGAGCUCGUAUUACAGACUCUGGAACAAACUAUUUGCGAAACUUCAAGAAUCUACAGUCCCUGGAAAUAUGUGGUGGUGGAUUGACUGAUGCUGGUGUUAAGAACAUUAAAGACCUGUCUUCCUUGAUGGUGCUCAAUCUAUCCCAGAAUUGCAAUCUGACUGAUAAAACCUUGGAGUUAGUUUCAGGUUUAACAGGGUUGGUCUCUUUAAAUAUUUCGAAUUCGAGAAUCACCUCUGCAGGACUGCGACAUCUGAAAACUCUGAAGAAUUUAAAGCAGUUGACACUGGAGGCCUGUCGGGUUUCGGCAAGUGACAUCAAAAAGCUUCAAUCUACCGACCUCCCGAAUCUAGCAAGCUUCCGCCCUGAGUAGCUGUGAAGAAGAGGAUGUGCUGUGAUCCAACUGCCAUAAAGGCAGACCUGUGAAUAAUGAUAUCCAACUAAACUGUGCAUAGUUUUGGAUUUGUUUCAUGCCAUGAGCUUUUAGGGACCAAGUGUUUUUGGUGGAGUCUUAAAAGCUUUAGUUUCAAUCUACUUCAGUUCAUUGCAAAAAUUGGAUAAGAAUUGCAGAAGCUUGCAAAAGCCAUGGCAGAAAAAGUGGUACAAAGAAAGGAUGCUCAUUUUGUAAAUAUCUUCUCUGUUGUUAAGGCACUGGAGAAUGUGAAUAAUGCAGUUUUUAAGUUAUUUGGUUAUCUGUUCUGUUAAUAUACAAAACUGGAAAUGGAUGCUCUUCCAUCCGUACAGAAGUGAUCUUGUCA